GCGAUUUUGUCAACAGCUGAUGGGAGUAUUUUAGUUUUGUUUGUUUGUUUGUUUGUGGAAAUGUGGGUUGUUUACGCAUUGGUGUUGCAUUUACUGCUGCUGGGAUCCAUAUUUGUGAUAUACUUUCGGUCACCAGUCAUUGAAGGUCUGCAACCACAGGCAGCAUUGAAUGUAGAGCCACCAGCUAAUCGCCUUGUGCUGAUUGUCACUGAUGGAUUGCGGGCUGAGUCAUUCUUCGCUGAGAAUUGCGGCAAUGUGCCGCACUUGCGCAAGAUAUUCAUGCGGGAAGGCAUUGUUGGCAUAUCGCGCACCCGCGUGCCGACAGAAUCGCGGCCCGGCCACAUAGCAUUGAUAGCCGGACUGUACGAGGAUCCGUCAGCAGUGACACGCGGCUGGAAGGAGAAUCCGAUUGAAUUCGAUACGGUAUUCAAUCGCAGCGAGCAAACGUACGCCUGGGGUGCCCACGAUGUCCUCCAUAUAUUCGAGAAGCUUGCCGAUAGCGGCCGGCCCAUGUAUUUCGAUGCCUAUAAUCACGAUUUGGAUUUUUCCGGUCAGCACAAGACUUACAAGCAGGAUGAGUGGGUAUUUGACAGGGUUCGCUUGCUGCUGAACCGAAAACGGGAGGAGCUGCGCAACGCCAAGAAGAUUGUGUUCUUCCUACAUCUGCUCGGUCUCGAUACCGCUGGGCAUGUCCACAAGCCAGGCACGCCUCUAUUCCUGGAGAAUUUGAAGUUUACGGAAGAGGAAAUCUAUAAGAUUUAUCAGAGAUUUGAGGAGACAUUUCCCGAUAACCGAACUGCCUAUUUGCUGACCUCAGAUCACGGCAUGACGGACUCGGGAUCUCAUGGUGCUGGCGCUGCUUAUGAAACUGACACACCCUUCAUGCUCUGGGGUGCUGGUGUCGCUCGUAGUGCCAACACCGGCAUCACAUUUACGGCCAACGCUGAAGGCUUGGAGUUGCCGCUGCGCGAACUGGAACAGGCACAGCUAACGCCCCUAAUGUCCGCCUUAAUUGGUCUGCCGCCGCCAAUGAACAACUUUGGCAUAUUGCCUUUGGCCUACAUGAGCGCUGGCGACAAAUAUGAGGCGUUGGCAGCGCACAGCAAUGCGCUGCAGUUGCUCGCCCAAUAUAAGCGUCUGCAGGAGCAGCACAAGCGUGGAAUAUUGGCGCCCUUUUUAAACAGUUUCGAGCAACUGACCUCGUUGGAGAUCAAUGCAUAUAUGGCCAACACGGCAGCUGAAUUGCGGCUGAACGAAUUUAAAGAAUCGCUGAUCAACACGAACAUCAUUAUGAAAUUGGCUUUGCAGGGUAUCGAUUACUAUCAUGGAUACUAUCGCAAUUGGCUGCUGAUAUGCACCACAUUCACAUUCCUCGGCUGGAUUUUGUAUUUAUAUCGCCUGCUCACCCAUAAUCGGACAACAUCAAACAAGGAAGCUAAGCAGAAAUCCCGUGCGACGGUUCCCCUCUAUUUAGCAGCUAUGCUGCUGAUUGUCUUUGUUGUGGUGCAACGUGUUCCCAUCUCUGUUGGAUUUUAUUUGCUGCUGCCGCUGAUCGUCUGGAUGCUGGUGAUGCGACAAGGCAACCAUAGCACUGUCGCCGUUAGAGUUUACUCGCAAACAUCAGUUACUCGUGGAGCACCGCCUUCCUGGGCUCAGCUGCUGUUGCUCAUUGCUUGCGCGGAGCUGCUGGUCUUCACCUUCUUCGAGCGUCGUCUGAUCUCGCUGUGUUUCCUUGCCUUUAAUGGCUACAGAAGCUGGGGCAACUUAAAACCCAACACGCUGGAGUUCUACAAAUGGCUGUUCCUGGUAAUCACGCUCAGUUGUUUCCCUCUGCUACCGCUCUCGGUGGGUUACCAGAAUAACUAUUUGCUGCUGGCUGGCAUUCUGCUCCUGUUGCUCCGUGCAUUUCUGAGCCGUGAGAGGUGGAGCUACAGUUGGCACACCAAGUUGUGCAAUGCUCUGAUAUUGAUCAACACCACAGUGUGUAUCUAUUUGCAUAGUCACCAGUUAGCUGUGCCGCUUCCACUUAAACUUUUCAGUUGGCUCUAUUUAGUGUACGCCAUCUUGUCCAUUCAUCUCAGCAAGGAGACGUCGUUGGAGGUGCGUUUGGCGCAGAUUACCUAUAAUUUCGGAACGCUCUACGCUCUGUUGUGCAUGUCAUAUGAGGCACUGUUUAUCCAGCUGCUGACUAUGGAACUGGUAGCUUCGCUGGGAGCGCAGUGUGCAGCGGAAUUAUUUGAGCAUAAGUCACUGCAGUCAUCAGUACGCUUGGCAUUUACCAUUCUACUCUACACAUUCUUCUCGCUCUUCGGCAGCGGGAACAUUGCAUCGAUCAGUUCGUUCGACCCAAAUGUUGCACGCUGUUUCCUUAGUCACUUUGCGCCGUUUGUGAUCAUGUCGCUGGUGCUGCUCAAGCUCCUGCUGCCUGUGGUGCUUAAUCUGGCCAUUGUGUACACCAACAGCGAGUAUGCCCGUCAGCAGGAACAACAAAUCUUCAUUUGCCUGCUGCUCAUCUGUGAUAUCAUGGGUCUCAACUUUUUAUUUCUCGUGCGCAAUACGGGCUCCUGGCUGGAAAUCGGAUCGUCAAUAUCCCAUUUCGUUAUCAUGGAGGUGACGACGCUGGUGCUGUUACUUCUCGCCUAUGCAGCCAAGUGGCUGCUGCGUCCGAAAAACGGCGAUCGCGCUGAAUGCAAACUGAACUGAUAUACAAAAAACGUAUACAAGUUAAAUAUAAUUGAAUAUUUAAAUGUAUUAUGUAUCUUAAUAUAAUAUUUUAAGCAUACUUUUAGGCAGACAAAUAAAAACAAAUGUUUAGAA